ACAGACCAUAAGUAAAUGGGGAGGAAGAGCUGGGAAGGUGGGGGCAGAUCACAUCAACAUCUCGGCGUUGGGCUGGGUCUGCGUGGAGCCUCAGAAAUGUUCCCCAGCCCAUUCUUCCCAAGAACCAAUGAGUAAAAUCAGGGGCCUCCCACCUGAGGUCAGGGAACCAGGCCCUGGAGUGGAACUUGGGGUGGAAAAUGGCCUUCUUUGUCAACUGAUUCAUUCUCCAGAAUUCAACUUGUUCUCCAACUCGGUGGUGUUUGAAAGCAACUUUAUCCAGUUGAAGAAGGCUUUCCAGAAGGGUCUUAAGCCAUUCUUUGAGAGACUGCUGAGAUUCUGGUCACUAAGCCCGGGAACUGGAGAGAUGUCUGUGAAGGGUCUGCCACCGUGAUCCUUGGGGUGACCUCCUCGGUGCCCUCCCUGCCGCUCCCCAAUGUCCUCCUGAUGGCCAAUGUUACCUGGCCCCGGGGUCCGUUUUCCACCUGGAGCACACCUGGUGAUGCCCCAGUCAUCACCCUCAGCAGGCUUCUCCCCCUGAAGUACGUGGAGCUGCGAAUCUACGACCGGCUCCAGCGCAUCCUGAGGGUUAGGACAGUGACCGAAAAGAUCUACUAUCUGAAGCUCCACGAAAAACACCCAGAGAUUGUGUUUCAAUUCUGGGUCCGCUUGGUGAAAAUUCUGCAGAAAGGCCUGUCCAUCACCACCAAAGACCCGAGAAUCGAAUUCACUCACUGCCUGGUGCCCAAGAUGCCCACCAGCUCCAUAGAAACAACACCUGAAAACAGCCUCCUGUCAUCCCCCCAGCCUAGCGAGUCCCUCGUGCUGCUGGCGGCUGAGCAGACCAGUGGCAGUUUCUCACAGCUCUCAGGAAAGCUCCAGCUCACAGCAGACAGGAACAAUGACACUGCCAUUGAAAUAGACAACCGCAGCAGCUAUAAGAUACCCUCACCAGUGGCAUCUCCAAUCAAUUUGAAUAUACCCAUGAGAGCUGUCUUGAGCCACAGCCUCUGGGAACAAGAGGAUCCGGAUGAGCACCUUCUACAAGUUCCUGUAGCCAGUUCCCUAGGAGAGCACUUCUUGGGACCCUGACACCUAGGCAAAACAUGCUCUUCCUGGCAUGCGUGUACUUGUACUUGCUACCACCUCUUAUAAUGCUCCUUUCCCACUGUGAGCCGAGUGACCAUGGGAGAGGUAAGAUGGUGUUUCCAACAAGGUGCUUCUGUGCUUCCACCAAUAAACUUCCAAGUGAGUCCCUAAUUGUUACAGGUUGUGCUAUAGGGAGGCUCCAGUUUGGGAAAGGACUGACUGAGAACAGGAGCAGUUUUUGGAAAAAUAGGUGGGAAAAGUUACUAUCUGUGUAUUAUUCCAUUCUUGUAUUGUUAUAAAGAACUACUUAAGACUG